GGCGUUAGAGGAUUUGGGUUUUAACUUUUUCUCAGUGAAUCUGUAUUUGUAACAAACUGUAAGACAAUAUUAUGUAUUGGGUAACGUUACGGCAGUAUUUUACCGUAUUUUUCAGUAUCUCCGGUUUAUGUGACGCAGUUUUAAGUUUCAUUAACGGUCUCAGGCGGCGUUUUAUUUAUUUUUUUUUACCUACCGUUUGCGUUUUUAAACCGAUGUUAUCUGAAAUGAAGGCACUAGUACUUUUAGUAUUCUCUUGCUUUCUCGGGCCCCAUAUGCAUUUAUGCUCGACAUAGUCAUUGAUGAACCCCAAUAACUAAAAUGAUCCCCGAGUCAGCUCCUUAAAUCAUCGAGGAAACUGAUUUUUGAACUAUUUGGUGACGCUGGGAUAGUUUACCCGUUUGAGACGGUUUCAUUUACGCGGGACUAGCAUAGCCUUCCUUAUCUUAGAUUUAUUAAUUGCAGCUGGAAAACUGAACGAUAAAGACACACACGACCAUAUAAGGUUGUGAAUGUGGAAGAUGCCCACCGUGUCAAGACCCUCAUAUUUUUACUAACCUCACUACCCUUGCUCUCUUAAUCUGCGUUCCGGUGUGUGCUUGUAUACAUGUGAAGCAGCAGUCGCAGCCCAAGUAGUACUGUUCCCAUUCAAAGUCCAAAUCCAGCAAACUUCAGUCCAAACAGUUUCCUCUGAUACGAAACGAAAGUUAACUGGUCGUUGCUUUGCGCAGGCAACAGAACUGAGCCUCCGCAAUUUUGGACUGAAGGCGACAACAAAGAAUUUAGUGACGCCACUAAAACAUCCAGCAUACAAAGUGCUGCACAAAAAUAAAACAAAAUUCUUUCUGUUCUAUUGUUAUACACAUAUAUUUAAUGCCUUUACUGAAAUGGCCUGUGUUGAACAAUGGAAAAAUAAUAUAAAGAUGCAUACGUAACUAAAUUUAUGAAAGAAGCAACUGAACUAGAUCUAAAUCUAGACUUUUACACUCAGGAAGUAAAAGUUCAUCAAGUUGACCUUGAGUCCUGUUCACGAAUAAAUUCAGACUCUCUGUCUGAGUGGAAACGCCUCAGAGAAUAAAAAUGAAGACUCCCAGUUUUGUUUUCCUGCUUCAGCUGGACCAGAAAGGAAACUACAGGCAGAGACAGGAUGGAAAGUGAAGGAAGAGGAAGAGGAAAUUAAUUUUUUUUUAAUUUUUUUUAUUUAAGUGCAGGGCAUGAAGGGAGGGAGGGGGGUUGGUUAAUAGAGCCUGCAGCUAGUUGCUCUGGUGGCAUCUUGAAGUCCAGAUUUUUAUGAUAGUUGUAAAAAAUUAACUUUUAGUGUGGUUUGGGACAAAAUGCCCCGGGUUCACCCCCCUCCUCCCACCACCACCACCAUAUUUUCAGUGCAGUCCGAUUUUUGUUGUGUAAAAUGAAUAAGACACAAUUACCUAGACCUCUGGAAAACUAAGACAUUACAUCAUGUAAAAAAUAAAAUCAACCCAUCAUUUGAUAGCUUAUUUGCUGUAAGCAAAACCUAAGUUAACUAUAAUUAGCUUUCAGAUUAAAAAAAAAAAAAAGAUUAGUGAAGAAUGUAACUAUAAUCUACAAUAAUUAUGUAUUUUUAUUUUUGUCUUCACAACAUUGGAAAAACUAUUUAUUUUGCUUAAAGGCCUAAACCCUUUAAAGCUAAACCUCAUUUCAAAUCAUCAACACUAAAUGAACUUGGCCUUUUUUAAAAAGGUGUUAAGGGCAUCUUCCUCCAUCUUACCCUAAUUAAAUGUUUAAUUAUGUAGACAAAACCUACCUCUACCUAUGUAAGACCUUUUUUAGUGAUAUAGGUGGUAGUGGUACAUAGGUUUCAGCAUUCCUGUACUGUGUCAUCCUAAAAAAAAAAAAAGUGACAUCCGCUGAAUACCUUGCUUUUGCUGGCCUCCAGUGGUUGAAGUCCUCAAUUGCUGCAGUGGAGCAGAAAUGUACUCUGGCUGUGUUCAGUACACGCUGACAUCACUGUUCGAUGUGGUUACAGCUGCAGGAGAGGGUGUUCUUGACAUAGUUUCUUUCACUGACCUUUGGUUGGUUUCAAGUCUGUUGCACUGCAGACCACACAUCAGUAAUGCCAGAUGUGUCCAGAGUAGGGCUGCCAACAAAUAUUCUAAAUUUAAUUAUAUUAUUGUAAAAAAAAAAAAAACAACCCAAAAAACAGACAUUUAAUUGUGAAAAUUAAUAUUUGAUUGUAAAAAAAAAAAAAAAAAAAAAAAGUGGUACUAUCAUGGCUGUCUGCCUCAUGAGUUGCCGCUGCACUGAAUGUACUGCCUGAUGGACUGGAGUCACACAAUUUCAUUGAUUGAAAUGUAGGUCGAGCUUAAACAAACAAUCGUAUGGUAAUGAUAGCAAAGAGUUCACAACCCAACUCGGCCACGCAGAGAGUGAUUUGCACUCCGACCAAUCUAAAAAGCCCCAUUUGGAAAUACUUAGGAUAGUGGUAGCCAUUAUGAAUAUUACCUAACCUUUAAUUAGGCUAUUGAUUAUCAAUUACGAAUCAUUUAUUUGAUGUUGCUCUAGGAGACAACGUGUUCUCAGUUCUCACUCUAGCAUUUAGAGAGAGGGGGAGAGAGAUGGAUGGUUUUUAAAUGAAGUUUUACGGUGUAGGACAUUAUUUUAAGUGUUUUAUUUUGUAAUGCGUAGGUAUGUAGGUCUUUUUAAAUCCACGACUAAGUACUGAACAUGCAGCAGCAAGGUGAGAACUUCAACCCCUGUGAGGUCGUAUGCUCUGGCUUCUUCAUUUUGUGUUCCCUUAUGAUGAUGAUGAUGAUGAUAUAUUUUUCCCCAACUAACCUGACCAGCAUGUAUUAGCUAACAGGCAAAGAUCAAGAUACUUCCAAGACUUUCCAGGUAGAACUUGAACCAGAUGCAUAAACGAUGUACAUAAAAAACGUGCACCAUUUCCCACACGUAAACUAGUAUUUAUAAAAACAGAAUGUGCACAACUCACGCAUACUUCAGACCAGUGUUUGUAAAGCCAGCUGUGGGUUAUAUGAUGUUAUAUGGAGAUGGAAAAAUAAGGCAAGAGAAGGAAUCUAAAUCAAACAUUAAAUUGGUAACCAACUGCACUAAUUGUGAUGUAUUUAAUUUAAAUGUAAUGCAUUUACACAUCAAUCUGUAAAAUGGCAAUCAAAGGCAAAUGUCUAAACUUAAUAAUUACUUUUGUGUGAUCAAUUUUAUCAUUCUUCUAAUGACCAUAGGAGGCAUCAUUUCCAUGCAUGUGGGUCUAGUUCCACAAUGAUUGAGAUUGAUAAAAUGGGACCGUGCGUACACGGUUUUAUAAAUCUGAUGCAAAAAAUGUCUGUAUAUAUUUCCGUCAUUGUGCACACGUAUAGUAAGUCAUGAAUCUUACUAUCUACUAUCUAAUUUAAUUUUAUACAUCUGGCCCCAGGAUGUGCAACAACAGAUUAUUUGACUGCAGUUAUUUGGGUCACGGGGGCUUACCAAACUUUAAGUCAUGUAUUGGUACGUCCCUAGGUGAUACCAUGGUACAGCAGGGCUAAUGAGCUGCAACUUGACCAAUUUGCAAACAGGGUCCAAAAUUAACUAUUCAGCUUACCAGCCAAGGUGGCAGGUAAACCGAAAAGUUAUUCCUGAGUUACUCUGCGCAGAGCAACUGAAAAGUGACUGACAGUACAGCGUCAUAUAUACAUUAGAUGAGAAUACAUCUCCUGACCCUUCCCAUCAAUUUUAUUGGUCCUUAGUGUUGUCACGGUGCCUUCCCAUCUUAUUAUUGGUCAUAGCCAAAUUUGGAUAGUGGCUACGUGAGCAGCCACUAUUUAAUUUGCUAUUGUUACUAUUUAUCAUGUCAUCUUGGACUCGUAUACGAUUCUAAAUCAAUAUUAUAGUAGUGUGCAAAUAUGCACUUCAACACGUAAAUGUGCUCAAGUUGGAAUUAGCUGCCAGAUGUUUGAACGGGGUUCAGCGGGACGUUCAGGGUAACUCUUUCUAUUAUGAAUUUUUGAUCCAUGGAGGUUUUAUAUUUUGUAAAACUUUCCUCGAGCCGAGAAAAGUGAUUUAAAAAUCUGUGAUGUCAUCACAACGUAACGUCUAUGGGCCAAGUGGGAACUCACGGCUUCCGCACAACGCAGAUGCAAACCCAGAAGGAAGGUCGAAACUUUUUUUGGCAUAUGUGCCAGCUGAGCAAUUCUUAUUGGACUGAAUGGGUGCCAUUUUUGGUCUGGUAUCCAGCUCUUAUAAUAAUCCAUGGUGUGAGAGAGGAGUCCUCCAGCCAAAAAGGUGAACCAGGCCCAACUUUUGCUGUGAAGUUGUUUGUAUUUCAGUGUCUCACUGGUACCUUUUAAAGAACAUGCUCCCACCAACGCAGCCCCGCUGUUUUCGGCCAGCUAAAGGCACUGUUUCAUUCAUGGCACAAACUUAUACUUUAUACCAUAUAUUUUUUAUGUCAACAACCAAGUGCAACACUAUGACUGCCUUCCCGGAGAGACUGUCUGAAAAUAUGCACUGUUAUCCCCGCAUUUGAAUAUCACGUCUCCCCCGUCCACUUCACCUCUCUAUGACGGUCGGCUUUUCACUCCACUUUUGAGAAUGCAUAUUUGGAAAAACUAUAAACACAUUUGAUUUCAUGUGCCAGCACAUUGUAAGAACCGGUACUGAUCUAAACUAUGAAUGCCUUGCAGGGAAGAUUGAGUGAAUUGUGCACCAUUUUCCCCAUAUUUCCAUAUUUUAAUGAUGAUGAUGCCAUCUUGCUUCUCUCUAGUAGAUUUUUUCCCCCGCCUACCACUGUGGUAGUUCGGAACAGCUAUCAACACUUUUGCUUUCUGAUGUGUAUGUCCGAUGUCUGACAAUAUGUUGAAAAUAUGAUUUUUAGUUUAGCUCUUCCCCUUAUUUAAGAAUUAGUAACGGCGGGUUUCAGGCUGCUGCCAGCAGAUCAGCCGGGCUGCAGCGCACACAGACGGGGACGAGCCAGAGGACGACCGUCGCUUAGAACCAGAACCGGAGCAACUCGCUUGCCAUCCAGAGAGAGACACACCAAGAGCAGGAUGAGCAGGCAGAGAGCAGGAGAGUUGCCGCCGAAAACAAGCACUGAGACCCGGGGAGACAUGAGAGCAGCUGCUCGCUAACAGCUGACGUUUGUUUACAGCAGCAGGACGGAGAAGAGAUGUCUCACUCUGCUACUUUUUGCUGUGACUCUCCUGCCGCUGCAGACAGUCCUGGAGCAGACACUGUCAGGUUAUAAUUGUAGCGUCCGUCGUCUGACUAAGUAUUGAUAACGCGCUUGAUGCUUGACAAAUUGGAUUUUUUUUAACAUGGGCACCGAUAUGCAGGGGCAGGGCAGAGCUUCAGGGCUCUACCGACUCCAGCAUGUCAGGGAGAGACCAGAGACGAGGCAUGACAGGAGUCAGAGAAAAGUGCUCUAAAAAGAGAAAAGUAGACAGUGAAAACAGAGCUUUUAAUCACAAAUGGACACUCUUACCCCAUGUCUAGACAGAAAACAUAGCGUUAGCAGCACAUUUAGCAGAUCAGCAGCAGCAAGUGAAGCAUUGUGUCUACAAAGGAGGCGUGCAGGUGCAGUGUUGAGCAUAGGUCAUCCGUGUGUUGGAAGCGCUCAGAGUCCAAUACACAUGACUGUAGUGAUGCGUAAAACAGAGGUAAAUAGACUUGAAGCACAAAUGAACGCUUCAGGUCUCAGUUACGCCCGUGAGCGAGCUUGCACAGAGCCGGUGCAGACAGCUGCAUAGAUUGAAAUGAGAGCGUAUCUGUUGCACUUUGUAUGGCAAAGCGUGUGAGACUUUAGGGUGCGUUCAAGUACAUCUCAUAAAUUCAGAAAUUUAUACUCGAAAGGCCCUGAGGGUUGUUUAAAACGGUAAAGAUGGAGCACUUGCUGCUGCUCUACUGAUGUGCUGCUCAUGCUGCAUUUGCUGUCUAGACACAGGGUUUAAGUCUAUAAGCGGAGAUAGCAUGACUGCGCCUCUCAACUGUAGAUGGCGUGACGUGACUGCAAGGUAAAAGCUCAGAGGAGGGUGUUUGUGUGCAGCGCGGGGAGAACAAAUCACAGUGCAGGUGUGUCUGCAUCUGUUGGGGAAUGUAUUCGAGAGAGAAUGCAAGAGCGGGGUGUGCAGCUUCAAAAAUAGAAAAUCAAUUUGUGGUGGGCAAAGUUUUAUUGCGGCAGGCCGCCACAAACAAAUGACUGUAUGGGAAACACUGCCCAAUACAUUGUAUGUCAAAUAUAGUAUGAUAAAGGUACCAGGAUGUCCUACUACAUCCAGUCGCAUUUUGCAGUAUGUAAACCAGCAUACUUUUCUGGCUAUUCUGACUCACAAAUCUCUGCAAAUCUCUACCAGCUUACCACCUUGGCUGGUAAGACGAAACGUUGAUUUUGGACCCGGGCAUGACAUGAGUCAGAGAAAAGUGCUCUAAAAAGAGAAAACUAGACAGUGAAAACAGAGCUUUUAAUGAAGAAUGGGCACUCUUACCUCGUGUCUAGACACAAAGCGUAGCGUUAGCAGCACGUUUAGCUGAUCAGCAGCAGUAGUGAGUGUCUAUACAGGAGGCGUUCAGGUACAUUGUUGAGUGUAGGCCACCUGCAUUUUGGAAGCACUCAGAGCCUGAUACGCAAUGACUGUAUUUAUGCGUGGAAAAGCAAAUACUUCCACAGUCAGUUCAAAAUCAGUUUGUCUCAUAUGUUCCGAGACCAUGUCAGUUGUGAAGUGCCGCUACAGACAAAGCACUAAUCUUUUGAGCAAACAUAUUGUGAGCAGCAAGUUCAGCAGAUCAGCAGCAGUGGCAGUGAGUGAACUGUUGUGUUCACACAGGAGUUGUUCAGGUACAUGGUUGAGCAUAGGUCACUCAUGUUUUAAAAGCACUCAGAGCCCAGUGUGCUGAAUGACUGAGACGGAUAUGCUGCCAAUCAGUGUGGUAGAGGGCGAGGGAUUGAAAGGGCUAGUUUGAUACUUCAAACCUGAGUACGUUAUGCCAUCAAGAGCUUCUGUGACUAAAUGCAAAGCUCUCACAAAUGAAAGCUAUAUCACCACUUUUCUUGAAAAUUAAUCGGUUACUUACUGGUUAAUGGGUGUUGGUCUAACGAAAGCAAAAUUAACCGAAACUGACAUCCCUAGUUUCAUCUGUUUAUUAGUUGUCUGUCUGAUGCACAUGAGACUGAACAGAUAUAAUUCAAAAAUCUUGUCAUCGGUACACCUGUAUGCAUAAGGUUGUGUAAAGACAAAUCAUAGUCUUGCACGGGGGAACAAAACAGUCUCCCUCAUUCAUGUGGAGACUGAUGCAGCUAGGUGCUAGGGCUGCCCCCAAAAAGUUGCUGAGUCGAUGCUUCAAUCCAUAAGCCCCUUAGUCCACUCGUGUUUUGUCAAUCAAAUCAGAGAGAAAGACAGAGAAAAGCAGUGGUCAAGCGAACUAGAGGGUGGAUGAGGAGAGCGAACAGUGGUAGCGAGAAAGCCAGUGAAUGAGAGGAAUAAAACAUUUUCUUAUUGUUUCACAGUGGUUACAAAUAAACACACCCACACCCCGCACCUCCAUACAACCCUGCAGAGGUGUGCCGCAACACCAGAUUAUGGUACCGCAGCCGCUAAAUACGCAUCAUACAUGUACUAUGGGAGCAAGGUGAAAAGAAAAUAGAAGUACCGUAGUUUAAAAUGUUUUUUUCCCAUAUGUUUUCAUUAAGGAAAAUACCCAAAAUGAACCCUGUAAGCGGACUACUUGAUUAUUAUAAGUGAAUUAUUUAAGCAGCAUUUGUAUAGGAAUGAUUCUGUCCCAAGCUUUUUGAUCCAUAUAAGUGGUUGAUCACUGUAACUGUGAUCACUAUAAGCGGUUUACACUGUAAUGAAAUCCACGCAAAAGGUGAACAGGUGGACCAGAACACUGUACUUUGCAGAUGAUGAAUUAUCUGGAUAUAAAAUGACUUAUAUCGGGAUAUGAGAUUUUGAUCAUAUCACACAGCCCUAUUUUACAUUAUCAACUGGAGCUCCUACAUUUCACAACAACCUUGCUAACUGUUUUAACUAGUGGGCAUCUGAAUGAAGAAAGCUGAGUGAAAUUUAACCAUGUGUCACUCAAAAGUGGUCCAGGUCAGGUUGCAAUUGAAUUUUGUUCCCGGUCCUGAUUAAGUUAUGAAUUGGUCCAAAUCCCGACAGGAGUAUAUGUGGGUUAAGGCCAGUCCUCUCUGUAGAUGUAAACAGUGUUUACAUUCUUUUAUUCAGUUUGUGACAUAUAACAACGGUGGGCUACACAUGUACAGAACUAUCAACAGUCUUUACCAGAGAUAGGUGUUAGGGGCAGCACCCAGCUGCACCAACAGUCCACAUGAAUGAGGGAGACUGUUUUUUUUCCCCCAUGCAAGACUUUUUUUUUUUUUUUGCUUUAAUCCCUGAGUUCAGAUAGCUUAAUUGCUGUUGAUGUUUAAUUUUGCAAUUCAAUGGACUAUAAAUGGAAGUGAAUUAAUUGGUACAAGUCUAAUCAGGAGGUACCAACUCCUGAAGAUGAAGGAAUGCAUUCUUCUAAAUUGUCUUAGUAGAGAAGACUUGCUACCAAGGUGGUCUGAUUCGGCUCCAAGAACACACAGUACACUGCUUUCCAACUUCGCUUCCCAUUUAUUCUGUAAAACACUUACAGCAAAGAACUUUUGCCUAUGGUCUUACAAUACAUCUUAGCUUGUUGAAUGAGCCACCAAACAUUCACUGGGGAAGUGCACCGCUAGCGUCAGUUCACAGCUAGAUAGCUAAACAGCAUGUAAACAUACCUGCAAAUGUAAUGCACCUAUUCUCGCGAUACCAGACAAUCCAGAAACUCACCGCUUACUGAUCAUCUGGGGAUUUCUAAAUGCAAGGUAGUUGCUUGAAUGGCGGCGAGAACUGCUGCUAACAGGCCUACACCCUUUACAUUUUGUUAAGGACACACCUUACCGGAAAUUAUGCUCACCCCAUUCUCCUCUAUAGUGAAUUGUAUAUCUCAGCCCUAAUAUGAAGGAUCGUCCUAAAGACUUUGGAUUGGUUCUGCAAUGCAGGUUUUUUUUUAAGCUCUCUAAUUGUUUCCACCCAGUUUUAACAACAAAAGCUGGGAGAUUGUCCUCAGUCUCUAGUUGAGUGAAGCAUUUAGAGACUGACUUUAAAGUCUACUUCGGACCGUUGAGAUGCUGGUUUGGUCAUUGCUCUUCAAAAUCCCUGUAAGCAACAUGCUGUCCAUGACUUGUAGCUACAGCAGUUUGUUCACUUUGUUUCCAAUGAGACACUAAAUUUUACAAUUACUUUGAGGGUCACAUGUGUGCUGAACCGUAGGGGAUGAUCUUCAUGGAUCCCGGAUCAACUACAUUCCGUUAUACCACUAGCUGUUUACUUUUCUAAACCAGAGGUUUUCAAACUGGGUGAGUUGGAGGGGGGACGUGGAAGGGGAGACAUGAGGCUACUGCCUGAGGUGAAAGUGACUGUGCAUGCUUGUGUUUAUUCAAAUAGCUUUGGAAACCCCCUCCCCCUGCACCUUUCCAAUGGUGGAUUUGGGCUGCCUGUGUAGGGCCAUUUCUAUAACUGUCCAAAACAGAACUUCUCUUUUGAGCUCUCCUUUUGUCAUUCAUGACCCAAUUAUUUCAUACACUUUUUUUUAUGUGAACAGCUGAACAUGAACAGAGUGCAAUUCUAUGAUUCCUUCCAAGAGAGACUGUCUGAAAAUAUGCACCAUCAUCCCUGUAUUUAAAUGAAACCACGUCUCCCCCCUUUGUCUCUCUGUGACGGUCUGCUUUUCACUGUGAGAAAAGAGUGACGCCAUUUGGAACAAUUAUAAACACAUUUGAUAUCGGAUGUGGUUGGAAAACACAUUGUAAGAUCCGAUUCUGAUCUACCAUAAAUCUACCCUGACUUGUUACCUGUUUCUCUCCCAUAUACAUUGUAGUGAUGUUGUGUGUAAACUGAAAAGACUCUACAGCAGACAAUAACGCACCCCCAUCCCCAAGCAAGUAUAUCUCAUUAAAUGUGAAACCAGCCACCAACUAAUUUUUCUUUUUUUGUUUCAUAGACCUGAGAAGCGUUUAACUGAAGUCAUCACUUGAAAAAUUGCUUCCCAUGCGAUGCGAUCUGGAUGUCCACACAGGCAAGGAGGGGCCUAUCCUGCAUUCCAACACCUGAGUAACAUUGGUGCUCUUACAUCACCUCAAGACAACAAUGUUAGACCUGAACCAGUGGCUCACCCUGAGAAUGAAAAACAAAACAUAAUGGUAGCCAUUUCAUAUUCUACGGAGCUCAGAAACGUUAAUGACUCUCAUUCAUCAGCACAGCACAGCAGUUAUUUUGGGACAUCUGCUAAUGAGAACUUUGAUAGACAAUCCAUUUAUAAUAGUGGACAACAAAAGGAAUGUUCCAAGAGCAAUUUUAGUAGAAAUUCCUUGGAAGGGUCAAAUUUGAACAAAAAUAAUGGACUGCAGCUGAGAAAUGGUGCCUUCUUGGCCAGUACAAAUGCUGCAGUACUUCAGGAAGACAGCCUUGGAGUCCUGACAAAAACAUUUUCUUCACGACAGCGUUCUUCUGUGCUUGAGAGCAAAUGGCAGAGUUCUUGCCCACUGCUGCAAUCCUUACUGACAGGAAAUCCUCCAGAUUUCAAAUCCUUUUUCACCACCUCCCAUUCUUCAUCAGAGAAAACAAAUUCCAACAUGGAACUCAUUGCUAGUGAUCAUUUAUCAGAUGAAAGACACUGCAAGAGUCGGCACAUGAGACGUUCGCUACCUACUCCUAAUUGUGGACAGACUAGAACACAAAACCCAGAUCAGUCAGGAGGAACUUAUCCUACACUCCACCAGCAGCAGGUCUGCUCUCCCUCUCUCAGUGGUGCACCAUCCACAGGCAAGGACUUGCCAGUUGGAUUAACAAAACCACCUACUGAUGAAGAAAUACAGAACCAUAUUUCAAAAAGGCUGAAAGAGUUUAGAAAGAUUAUUAUGGACAGACAGGGACUCAAACUCUCCAAUAAGGGGGGGAAUUUUAGCACCAAUGACCUGGACUCCACACUCCAGUCUGGCUGCACCAUGUCAAAGUCUAACAGUGUUACCCUUAUCUCCACAGUCUCUGAAUCUGACAAAGAUGUGGAGAAGCAAAGUCCUAACUUUGUUGUGGAAGAGCAGUGCACUGCUGCAGUUGGACAAGAACUUGAAGAGGAUAGCUCAAAGGACAGCAAAGCAAAGCAAGCUGAGUUUACUCCAAAGUCUAAAGAGAUGGGCGAUUGUACUACAUCGGCAUCAGGGAACCAUUCAACAGGUACACUACUCUCUGCAAUAAAAAGCUCAAAACAUGCUCCUGAAAGUGAAUCUGUUGAGAAGAGUGCAUCUGUAGCUAGUGAUUUACCAAUAAAAAAACACUUGGAUGUAACUAUGACUGCAUUUGGUGAUGGCAAUUUUGUCAGUAGCAAUGACGAAAGUUUCCAUAGUAAAUGGUGGUGUGAUAAGCCCUUACAGAAAGUGACCACUCUUCAUUAUACAUUAACUGCACUGAGGGAGCUGAUUACUAGUCUGGAGAAGGUAGAGACUAUUGCAGAAAUGGACAACUUUUCUGAAGUCAUACUGCAACAAUAUUGGAAUGGGGAUAUAGAUAACAUUCAUCUCUUUACAUCCACAGAAUAUCCACAGAUUAUGGUGAACGUUGCUGCCACUUGCACAAAGAAUGAAGAUGAGUGUCCAGUGGUUCUCACCGCAGUGUCUGGAAUUACCUUGGAUGAACUGACUGAAAGGCAUUCCAUUCUUACCCAGUUAAUGUUCAACUGCAGCUCAUCACAAAAGGAGUGGAGGUCUGUUUGGUUAAAUACCAGCAAGAAGUUGGAUGACAUAGACCAAGAGCCCAGUGUUUCUGGGCCUCUCAAACACAUGACAGUGAAGGAGAGAGGAUUUACAGGCCUGAAACCAGCGGAGACAGCAGGGUUGGACAGUGUGCAAGUUGUGACUGACGUCUCAAAAGAUCUUCCACCAGAGUCAGAUUCAGUGGUAUCUGAAAACAAAACAUUUGAACUCAUGUCACCCACUGACAAGCACAAUGCAAAUACAAAUAAACAGAAAAACACUGAAGAUCAACAACAUUGCUGUGUUACCUGUGACGAAGUAAUUGCACUGUCUAAGCCAAAUUCAUUAAUUGAUCAAAUUCAGAAUGUAGUUUCAAUUCCUACAUACCAAAGUGAACAAAGUUUUGCAGGUGCGAGGGAGGAAGCAGGUUCUGUGUAUUCACCAAUGGAUUUAAGCGUUGCACUUUCUGAAAACGAAGUCAAAGAACAGGGCCCUCUAUCUGAAAGUGAGGAUGAGGAAGUACUUUCUCCGAAAUUUUUAAAAGAUCCACAAUAUGACGACAUUUCAGAUGAUGAUGUGCCACCAUUGUCCACAGAACUCCCAAAAACUGAGCAUGAGGAAUUAAGCUUUCCAACACGUUUUGGAGACCCACAGUAUGAAGAAAUAAGUGAAGAUGAAAAUUCACAGAUUGAGAAUCCUUCAUUUUCACAACUACCUGAACCUAACAAUAAGCGGUCACUAUUUGAAAAUGAAGGCUACAGACAGAGUCAGGCUCAGAUGAAGACAGAGAAAAUUUCAGCUGAGACACUGAUUCCAAAGAAACAGGUUUCACCAAAGACACUAGUACUUGCAGCACAAUAUCACUGUUGUCCACAUCUUGUUCUGUCUGGUGAUGGUUUUGAAGGUCUAUCAUGUCCUAAAUGUGACAGGGAGGGAUAUAUGGCAAGGCGAACAAACCACUCUGUUUCAUAUAGUCCUUCCAAUGUUUUGAAAUAUGAUGAUCAGACUGAGGAGGAUACUGAUGAUGACUGCCUAGUCAUACCUAUAACCAUGUCAGACCUUAAAUCUGGACUAGAAGAUGAAGACCAGGAUGGCCCUGAAGAAGUUGUGCGAGAUGAUGGUGAAAAUGGAGACAAUGAAAGACAGGGUGGCACAAGUCCAACACACGAUGCCUUACAUGUCCCAGCUCCAAAACCAGUACCAGCUUCUGAUUCUACCCUUUUAGAGAUCUAUGACACAAUGGAGAUUUUUCUACAAGUAAAAUCUGCACGGGGUGGAAAUUGUUUUGAAGUGGCACCAGGCAGGAGCACACCAGAACAUGGAAUGAACUCUGAGGGAGAACCACAUACACCCCAGGAGAGGAGAGAGUCCUACUCUGAGCCUGAAGACAGCUGUGAAACUGAAGACAGUUGUGAUUACUCAUCUGCAUCAGAACACAACUAUUUGACUGUGCCCAGACAGUUGUUGAAGAGGUCAGCACCUCCGCCCCCAGAGAGAGAUCAUUCUGUGUCUGAAAAAGAGAGUGACAGUGAUGAAGCUUCUAACUCUAACCCUUCUAAGCAUGUUCAACCCAAAACCAACAAACAAAGAAUUUCUAAAAAGGAAGAAAUAAUAAUCAUUAAUACUGACACAGAGGAUGAAGGUGACCACAACUGCAACAAGAAGGUGAAAAGGAAGAGAUUGUUUUCAAGAUUAGUGAACAUUGGAGACACCCUAUGUAGUCAACAAAAGAGACAUUCACCUGAAACUGAGGACAGUCCAUGUGGGACUGUUAAAGAAAGGUUUGAAAAAAACAGACAGCAAUCUGCAGACUUACCAGCACCACACCGCCAGUCUAAAGCAAAAGAGUCACAGUUAAAAGGUCUGAUGGAGGAUGCAUGCCCUGGACAGUCACACAGCACUGAAAAGAGUGGACAGCUGACUGAGGCCAGUGCUGGCUUUGAGCAACAUAAGAUCAACAGAGAAAUGAUCUCAAAAAAGCAAAGUGUAAUAAUCCUGAACUCUGACACAGAGGAUGAAAGUGGAUAUAACUAUAAAGAGGCAAAGAGGAACAGAUUAUAUUUGCCAGGGUCAGCUGACAGUGGUGAUGCCCCUCAUGUUCAACGAAAGAGACGUUCAGAUGAAAUUGUGGACACUCAGUAUGGAACUGCAAAUGAAAAGCUUAAAAAACCCAGACUGUCACCUGCGGACUUCUCAAUGCCACAGCACCAGACUAAAGUUCAUGAAACUAUGAGAAAGAGUGGACAGCUGAUUGAACCCAAACCAAGGUUUGAGCAUAUUCAACACAAGACCACCAGACAAACAACCUCAAAAGAAGAGAGAACAGUUUUCCAUGGUUCUGAGAAAGUGGUUAAAAGUGGCCAUUUCUGCAAAAAGAAGGAAAAGGACAGUGGCAAUGAUUCAUUUGCUACACAAAAUGGACCUUCAACUGAAACUGUGGACCGACUGUCAUGUGAAGACUCACCAGAGAAACAGCCCCUGUCUGUAGACAAGGUGGUGGGCUCUAGUUUGGUUACUAAUCCUGUGAUUCAUCGCCUUGUUGUUGAGGAAUCUUUUCAACCCAAUAAUUAUUUGAAACUUUAUAAAGACUCUAGAGUCCAUAACAAGGAUAAAGAUGAAACUUGGGUUCCACAGACCCCCACUGCAACUAGUGAGAAGAGUGACUCCUGUUACAGAAAUAAACCUUAUCUGUACAGAAAUAAAAAAGGACAAUUUGUAUCCAAACCAAAACCUGCAAAGGAAAGACACUCUCAUGAAACAAAGAAUGAGAGACAAGCAAACAUAACAAAACCCAAAUUGGUUUCAAGGCAACCAUCAUUACCUAGCCAAGAAGGCCAAUUCACCUCCACCAGUAGCUUGUCAUCCACACGUGGACAACUUUCUGAGGCCAGAGGAAGCUCAACCUCUUCAAGACAUUGGUCUCAGUCUGAAGCAGUCUCCGCCUCCUCGGCUCCUCCUAAAUCAAAGCAGAGUCCACCUAUUUCCAGACAUCUAUCUUCAUCCAAACUACAGCGGUCUUACUCUUAUAGCAGCCACUCAACAUCUGAUCAUCAUCAUACCACCAAAGGCCCAUCAUCCUCUGUGAAUACACAAUCAUCAGCAAGGAAACAAGUGAUCCAAGACUGGCACAACAGCUAUUUCCCAACCAGGAGAGACCGAAAAACUAGCCUGGGCAUGGAGGAGGACUUGAGAACCACGAAUAAUGAUUCCCAGAGGGAAGCUAGGCCAGGACCUAGUCACUAUGAAAGGGCACCAAGACAGAGGCACAGAUCCUACGACCCUCCAACAGCCCUGAUGAAGAAGUCCAUACAUGAAGCCAAACAGUGGACUAAUCACAUACAUCGGGAAGCACCAAGGGAACCAAGAUCAGUCGGUCGAGGUUACAAGUGGUCAGAGAACUCACUGGCAACGCCAACAAAAGGUUCUGGCAGGAAGCGGAAGAAGUGUAGAUUCUCUCCAAGACCCCAUCAGUGAGACAAAGGUGCCGGUGUCUAUGUAUCUAGUUUGUUUCAGUCCCAAAGGGACAAAUUGUUGUAGGGCAAAUACAACCAUACCUGUUGUAAAUAAUUCAGUCUUUGAUUUUCCAAAGCAUUUGUGUAUAGUACAACAGUCUACUUGAUACAUGUUAUAAAUCUGAGUAGUCUGUAUUUUAACUGUUUCUGUGUAUAUAUGUAUUAUGUAUAUGCAUACUAUGUUUGUGGUAAUAUUGUGUUUGAAUAUUUUGGUGUCACUUACAAACAGUGUUCUUUUUACCAGCUACCUCAGAAUGUAUACAUUCAGCAUUAAGUUGGUCUAUCUUUUGCUUGCUCAGAAAGCUGUCUAAAUUUGAAACUUUUCAGCUAUUUCAAAUAUAUUAUAUCAUUCUUUUUAAGUUGAGUGGUUUUGUACUUUGAAAACUCAACUCUGAUUACACAUUUUCUAAGGUGCAGGACAAGGCUGUAUUACUUUUUAACAUGUUCAUAUCAAAAUGCAUAAAAUAUCUUAAAUCGA